UCAGCCUGCCCCUGACCUGGGACUCCAGGGCGCUGACCCUGGCCCCCUCUCUUGCAGUUCAUGGCGUCCCAUGGGAAUGAAGCCGCCAGAGUCACCUUCGAGUCCAAAGUCCCGUCUUUCUACUACCGGCCCACGUUCUCCGACUGCCAGCUCCUGCGAGAGCAGUGGAUCCGAGCCAAGUACGAGCGGCAGGAGUUCAUCAUCCCUGAGAAGCAGGAGCCCUACUCUGCAGGGUACCGCGAGGGCUUUCUCUGGAAGCGCGGCCGGGACAACGGGCAGUUUCUAAGCCGGAAGUUCGUGCUGACGGAGCGCGAGGGGGCCCUGAAGUACUUCAACAGGAAUGACGCCAAGGAGCCUAAGGCUGUCAUGAAGAUUGAGCACCUGAAUGCCACCUUCCAGCCGGCCAAGAUUGGCCACCCCCAUGGCCUGCAAGUCACCUACCUGAAGGACAACAGCACCCGCAACAUCUUUAUCUAUCAUGAGGAUGGGAAGGAGAUCGUGGACUGGUUCAACGCACUGCGAGCUGCCCGCUUCCACUACCUGCAGGUGGCCUUUCCAGGGGCCAGCGAUGCAGACCUGGUGCCGAAGCUCUCCAGAAACUACCUGAAGGAAGGCUACAUGGAGAAGACGGGGCCCAAGCAAACAGAGGGCUUCCGGAAGCGCUGGUUCACCAUGGAUGACCGGAGACUCAUGUACUUCAAAGAUCCCCUGGACGCCUUUGCCCGAGGAGAGGUCUUCAUUGGCAGCAAGGAGAGUGGCUACACAGUGCUGGAGGGACUCCCACCGUCCACCCAGGGCCACCACUGGCCACAUGGCAUCACCAUUGUCACACCUGACCGCAAGUUCUUGUUCACCUGCGAGACGGAGUUGGACCGGAGGGAGUGGGUGGAGGCCUUCCAGAAGGUGGUGGACAGGCCCAUGCUACCCCAGGAGUACGCAGUGGAAGCCCACUUCAAGCAUAAACCCUAGCGAGAGACGGUCCAUCCAGAGGCCUGAGGACACUGGACUCGGGACGUGUUGGCCAAGGAUGCAGCUGGACGGGGAGGCCUUCUCCAGGGCAGCCCUGGGCUCAGCUGGGUGGAGCCUGAGCUUUAACCACUAGGAGGCACUUGAACCUCAUCAAAGGCCCAUCUGCCUGUCCCAGCCCAGCCAUGCUGCUGCUGCUGACCACACCGGCUGACCUGCUCCUCUCCCUGCCCCUGGACGCCUCUCCUGAUGGCCCUGCAGGGUCUCCCAGCUCAGGAGCAGCCCCCACGAACUCCUGGAUACCUGCCCAACCUGAAGGGACUUCUGGGCCUCUUAAGUGGACCCUUUGUGCUGGGUGGCUGAGGGCAGCAGUGGUAGCAGUGGGCUGGCUGGGUCACUGGGGACUCUCGGACCUGCCGCAUGCCCCCCUCCCUUCCCCCGUUGUGACAAGUAUUUAUUGGGUAUCUGCUGUGUGUCAGCCACGGGUCUGGGGCCAGCAGAGGCAUGUGGCCCUUGUCCUCAGGGGCAGUUUCCCAGGAGAAUGGUGUGUGCGGAUCCUGGCCCUGCCAGCUGGGGCCCUGGCUUCGGGCAGGAGGCUGGAGGGGUUCACCAGGGGCUGCCAGGUGCCAUGAGGGGACCUAGCCACACCAUCUGCUCAUGGGCAUCUGUGCCCAGCUUGGUGCUCAGCCUUGACCAGUGAUCCAUGCCCACCGGCCCUGACCUUUGAGGAUGAUGGCUGGCGCCACCAAGAGGCCCCCAGAGGCAGGGGUGACCCUGUACCCCUCUGCCCCUGGGGCCCUGCUUGCUGCUGGCUGGCCAGCAGUUAAAGCCACCUCAUAUUUAUUUCUCACCUCGUCUCCUUCCGUGCUGCACUCUGGCCGUCCAGGACAGCUGGGCUCCCUUUCCAUGGGACCCCUGCAGGGCAGGUCCUGGCCAGCUGGACGGGCUUGGUGGAGCUCUUUGGUGGUAGAUGCAUCCAGGGGUGACCUGGGUGACUCCAGCCCUUUCUAGCAGUCUUGCCCCGGAGGAGAUGGGGGAGGGUUCCUAAGGCCGGGCACCCUGCUGCCCUGUGUCACAUCCUGGAAUAAAGUGUGGCUCUGGUGUGGUCCCA